UGGGGCGAGGAUGGGGAUCUCGAGGCACUCGGGGUGGGAAUAGGACAGUCCUGGUUGAAAGUGGGGAACUGGGUUAGUGGGGCUCCGGGGACGCGAGGAGGAGAUGGGGGCAGUGACACCGGGCUGAGGAGGCCCGAGGGCACCUGGCGAGGUGCAGACGGCGGAGGGCGGGACGCAGCCCCGGCUGGGGUGCAGCGCGGGGACAGGGGAAGACGCCCGGGGUAGGUGUCGCCCCAAGCUGGGAGGAGGAGGCGGGACAAGGCUGCCUUUGGAGGUGACCAGAAGCGGGGACGCGAGGGGCCUCCUGCGCUCCGUCCGCCCCACCCCCGAGCUGCCAGAGCUCCGCUCCAGAUGCUGCUGCUGCCGCCGCGGCCGCCCCAUCCUCGGUCCUCUUCCCCCGAGGCCAUGGACCCACCGCCCCCCAAGGCUCCCCCUUUUCCCAAGGCGGAGGGCGCCGCUUCCACGCCCUCCUCGGCGGCUGGGCCCCGGCCCCCGCGGUUGGGCCGCCACCUGCUCAUCGACGCCAACGGGGUACCCUACACAUACACAGUGCCGCUGGAGGAGGAGCCCCGGGGCCCCCAGCAGCGCGAAGCGCCCCCAGGGGAACCCGGCCCUCGAAAGGGCUACAGCUGCCCAGAGUGUGCCCGGGUCUUCGCCAGCCCGCUGCGGCUGCAGAGCCACCGCGUGUCGCACUCGGACCUCAAGCCCUUUACGUGCGGCGCCUGUGGCAAGGCCUUCAAGCGCUCCAGCCACUUGUCGCGGCACCGCGCCACGCACCGCGCCCGCUCCGGCCCGCCGCACUCGUGCCCGCUGUGCCCGCGCCGCUUCCAGGACGCGGCCGAGCUGGCGCAGCACGUGCGCCUGCACUGAGCCGCCCCAGCCCCGCCGAGGCGCCUGCCACUCAGGCCUCGGCUUCCCCAUCCACCCGCGGGAGAAGUUCUUCCUUCCUCUCCCGUAUAGCGUCUAGCUGUGUGAUGUAGACCAAAGCUGUCGCCCCUCCCUGCGCCCGGGAGCCGGUGGGAGCUGCGCUCCGGGCCCGCUGUGCUGCGGGAGCCGUUGCCCGCCCCGCGACCUCCGAGCCCUGGUGUUCUGCUCUCCGAAGUGGCGAACGGUUUUCUUCUGCGUGGAAGUCACGACACAAGAGCGCCCGAACGGUCUGGUUCACGUUUGUACCCCCUCCGCCCACGACUCCCCAUUCGUUGCUCAAUAAACAUUCCGCACUCCA